AUGAAAAUAAAUUAUAACCACCCCUUUCAUUUAGUAGACUAUAGCCCUUGACCUUUAACUGGAGCUUUAGGUGUAAUAACUUUAGUUACCGGUAUAGUAAAAUGAUUUCAUAAUUUUAAUAUAAAUUUAUUAAUUUUAGGGUAUAUCAUUAUUCUUUUAACUAUAUUUCAAUGAUGACGAGAUAUUUGUCGUGAAGGAACUCUUCAAGGUAAACAUACAAUUUUAGUUACAAAAGGCUUACGAUGAGGAAUAAUUCUAUUUAUUAUCUCAGAAAUUUUUUUUUUCAUUUCAUUUUUUUGAGCAUUUUUCCAUAGUAGUCUUUCCCCUAAUAUUGAAAUUGGAUCAAUUUGACCCCCUAUAAGUAUUACCCCUUUUAACCCAUUUCAAAUUCCACUUUUAAAUACUAUUAUUUUAAUUACUUCAGGAGUAACUGUUACAUGAGCUCACCAUGCAAUUAUAGAAAAUAAUUUUUCCCAAGCAUCUCAAGGAUUAUUUUUAACAGUUUUUUUAGGUAUUUAUUUUACUAUCCUGCAAGCUUAUGAAUACAUUGAAGCUUCAUUUACUAUUGCAGAUAGAAUUUAUGGUUCAACUUUCUUUAUAACCACCGGAUUCCAUGGGUUACAUGUUAUUAUUGGAACAAUAUUCCUACUUAUUUGCCUUAUUCGACAUUUAAUAAAUCACUUCUCAAGUAACCAUCACUUUGGAUUUGAAGCUGCAGCUUGAUAUUGACAUUUUGUUGAUGUAGUUUGAUUAUUUUUAUAUAUUUUCAUAUAUUGAUGAGGAAAUUAA